CAGCAUCGUCAGAGCAGACAGGUGAUCAGAAAAGCGAAACUACUGCAAAAAAACAGUCACUGCUUUUAAUGGGAUGGCUUGAAUCAGUCAGAGACAGUCACAUUAAGAGAAAUAACUUGAGACGGAGACGCCAUGGCCUGUGCUCGAGUGCCACUGGAUGAGCAGCAGGUGACUGAGCCUGGUCUGCUGGGGAAAGACCGUACACUGCCUGCACUGCACCCAGAGAGGAAGGAGGAGCGAUACUUUGUGCCUUAUAAACCUCUACCAGAAGACAGCUCUGCCGCUAAGGUGGAGGAGUUUUUGGAAAACACCAGAUUCAUCACGGAGGAUCUGGAGUGGCUGCUCGCUCUGCCUCACGAUAAGUUUUGGUGUCAGGUGGUUUUUGACGAGUCCCUGCAGAGGUGUUUGGACUCGUACCUGCAUCAUGCUCCUCGUGGCCUUGACAUCGCCGCCUCGCCCUCGUCUCCGGCCGUGGCUGAGAUGCAGCGCUCCGUUCACAGGAUGGUGUUUCUGACUUUCCUCAGGAUGGCCACGCACAAAGAAUCAAAGGAGAACUUCAUCACCCCGGUUGUGUUUGGAGAAAUUAUCUACGACAACUUUCUUUUCGACAUUCCCAAAAUCUUGGAUCUUUGUAUGUUAUUUGGAAAAGGCAACAACCAGCUGCUGCAUAAGAUGAUAGAGAACAUCUUUACGCAGCAGCCGUCCUACUAUAACGACUUGGAUGAGACGGUUCCCACUGUGUUAGAGGUGUUCGACACCAUCCUGGGCAGGUGCGGUCUCCAGUGUGAAGGAGCCGUUGCCAUGGAGCCGAUGAAGCUUAACGCACACAAACAGCUCACUGCCAUGACCAUGAGCCAGCAGGAACUUGUAGAUAUUAUUUUGUACCUGUGUGACUCGACCACCACCAUUCAUGCCUUCCUGGACAUCUUCCCUGCCGCCUGCUCCAGCUUCCACUCCCACAGCUUCCUCGACAGAUUGACCUCGUUUUAUGAGACCGCUGUGCCUGACCUCGAGAAAGUCUUGAGGAAGAGAAACUUUGAUGAUAAAGGUCUUCAGGAUGACGUGUGGAAGCGGUUAUCUCACUCCUGUAGGAAGAUGGUGGAGACGGCUCACCUGGUGCUGCAUCACACCUGCCUGCAGCCAAUCCUGGAGGGCGGAGAAAACAUGCAAUCGUUUGCCGAGGAGCUGCUUCAACAUUUCACAUCUUUUUUACCAGAGAAGAGGUUCUUGUCAGAUUACGACGAGCAGUUUCCCAUCGCAGACGACAUCAGCCUCCUACAGCAGGCGCUCCCCAUCAUCGAUGAGACCAGGACGUCCUACCUGCUGGAGGGGGUCCAGAGCGCCUGGGACAGCGUGGGCCGACGGAAACCUCAGAGCCAGAAUCAGCUGAGGCCGUCCUCGGCGUUUGAUGGAGCAGCGGGCGGUGCUUCUGCCGCUUCCUCUUCAGCCGGUUUUCAUGAAGUCCGACAACCAGCAGAAGGAGGGGAGAGCCUGAGGGGGGCGGAGGCCAUGCUGGAUGCCCCCCGAAAAGGAAAUAAUGGAGCGGUGUGUGAUGUGAGCGAGGCGGAGCUGGAGUCUCUGCUGUCGUGUAUCAGAGACCUGCUGCCUGAUUUAGGCGAAGGCUUCCUGAUGGCCUGUCUGCAGGAGUACAACUACAACUCAGAGCUGGUCAUCAACAACAUCCUGGAGGACCGUCUGGCCCCAAACCUGGACAAACUGGACCGAGCCAUGCCGAGGCCGGUGAAGGAGGAGCUUCCAGACCUUCUGGGAACCAGAUCCAACGUGUUUGACGAUGACGAGUUUGACGUCUUCCGCAGGGAUCAGGUGGACAUGUCUCGCAUCUGGAAGGGCAGGAGGAAAGGUGAGAACGCUCGAGAGAUGCUGGACGACAAGCAGCACAUAGCGGAGCAGAAGGCUCGUUACCAUGCCUACGAGACGGUGGUGGACGAGAUCGAAGUCCAGCCCGGCGAAAGCGCUGCCAGCUACGGCCUGGACGACUACGACGACGAGUACGACGACACCUACGACAUGAACCAGGUGGGAGCCAACGACCUGGACGGAGACAGUCUGCUCAACAGAAGGCCUUUUACAGUCCCUCAGGUUUUAAGAAAAGUAAACAAACACGAGGAAGUGGAGGAGGGUGAAGACGAGGACGAGGAAGAAGAAAGUAUACCGAACAACGUGAACAGAGACCAGUUUGUGCAGGACCCGGCUCUGCUGAGGGAGAGGGCUGAAGCCAGAAGAGCUGCCAUGCAGCAAAGAAAAGGCUUCCGACCGGAGCGAACCAGCAACGUGACCGGCCGCCCUAAAGGCCAGGGUCAGACGACGGAGACCUUCCUGGACCGACGCAAGAAAGAAGCCAACAAGAGCCGCGGUGCGAACCACAACCGCCGCAACAUGGCCGACCGCAAGAGGAACAAAGGCAUGAUCCCCUCCUGACCUGCGUGACGGACCCCCCCCCCAAACCCACUGCUGCUUCAACCUGACUGGCCGGUACGAGGGAGAGAGAGAAAGGAGUGAAGGUUCAUUGUUGUAGAUCCGAAAGGAAAAAGCCGCCGCAGGUUUUGGUGACGAGAAGCGUUCUAGUUUGACGGACUAUAUUUGGAAAAAUCAACAUUUCAGCUCUUUUUCUUUUUCUUUUUUUUUCUUUUGGUGGUGAGAAGUUGCAAAGUUGCAGCUUUAUGGACAAUUUAAGACACUUGAAACAUCUGCUUUUAAUAUUUGAGCCUUGAAGGAUUUUCUCAGUUCUUCAGUUUAACUCAAAAAUAAUUUUCUUUUUCUAGUUUAUUGGAGAAAAAAAGAAAAACCAACAUCAACCAAAGUUCAGAGUGAAGCAGAGACUGAGGACAAAGAAUUAUAACACCUUUCUUUUCUUUUCUUUUGCCAAGUAACAAAUCAGUUUAUUGUUAUUAUUAUUAAGAUCCAGAGUGAUUUCAUACAUUUCUUUGACAUCAUCAUCAUCAUCAUCAUCAUCAUCAUCAUCAGAUAAAACAACAUAGGAAUAAGAGGAAGAAAAUAUCCAAGUGUGUUUUUUCUUUUUUUCUUUUUUUUGGAGAAACUGGUUCCUUAAUGUAGCUGGAAGAACAAUUUACUGACCUGGUGAUCAAGUCUGGACGUCAGCGAGUCUUUAAAAAAAAAAAGCUGCUCGUACGUUAACGUUUGAGUGCAUGCACGUGAUGUCAUCAUCAUCCACCCACACACACACACGUGUUCACGCCACUGUCGUCCAGUGUUCGCAAAAAAAAAAGAAACCAACAAUAAAUUAAAAAAAAACACAAAAGUCGUCUAGCUCAUGAAAUCAGCUGUGUGAUCAUCUCAUUAUGAAGCUUUUGUGUUUUUUUGUUUUUUUUCCUCCUACACGUCGCCAUGGAUACACACUGUUUUCUAUCGGAGCAUUUUGUAACAAACAAAAACUAAAGAAGCACACGAUGUAAUAGCUUUUUUUUUUUUUUUCUUUGUUGGAGUUGACAUUGCAAAAAGAAAAAGAAGAGAAAAAGAAAAGAAACCAACAUUAAAUAAAUACAUUAAUACUUUGUUUUUGACAUCCUUCGAGUUUGAGUCGUCACUGAUUUAAAAAAAACAAAAAAACAAAAAAACACUUUUAUAUAAAAUUUGAUUUAUUUUAUUUCCUUAAAUGUGUUCGAGCUGCACGUUCAGAUUUGACUUGAAUCAUUAUUUUCUGAUAUUUGAGAUUAUUUUUUUUUUUUUUUACUGAAUUCGAACAUUUGACAAAAAAAGGGCUGCAAAAUUGACCCAGUCUGGAUUGAUUGUUUUAUAAAGUAUAAAUUAUAAAUUAUCACCCAAUUCUGUGUUUAGCCAACUUCAUUUCAACCUAUCACCACAGAGGUUCUUUACACAUACUCUUUGGAAAUUAUAGUCAUUUAAACUUUUAUAUUAAAUACCUUUUAAUAGCUUAUCUUUAAGCAGGAUCAGUUCAUUGUAGGUUUGGUUCUGCACAUAUAUAAUAAGAAAAAUAUAGAAAAACUGCAGCCUUAUCUUCUCCUUUAACUCCGUCUAUCUUUCUAAAUGUGAGGAAUUUUCUAUAUUUUUUUCUUACUGCCAUAAAAUCUCAUGUUCAGAGUCAAACCAGCGAUGAACUGAUCUACUUAGAAGUGCAGUAGAUCUCCGUGGGUGUCCAAAAAAAACCUAUGUAACCAUGAAAAUAUUAAUAAUGGUAAAUAUGAUCGCUGUUAUUAGUCUUAGGAGCCAUGAUUUCUAAACCAACUAAAUGUGUUAAUCUCUUAAUAAUGAAGGAUUUUGUCGCCCAGUGCAGCAUUGUGGCUCAUUCAUUUGUUUUUUUUUUUAUAUUUUUGGAUAACAACGGAGGUCUACUGUAAUAUCCUUAAGCAGGAUUUGCUCAUUGUUUUAUUGGUUCUGCACAUAUAUAAAUAAGAAACAUAUAAAACAUUAUCAGCUUGCACCUUUAACUUCUUCCUUCUUCCUAAAUGUGAGCGUUGACCUUUUUAAACUCUACCAGCCUACAUGUGUUUAACAUCUGAUGAGCUCCUGUAACAGACAAACCUCUGAUGCUAAAGUAUCAUUGAACAAGUAUGGAUGUGGA